GUCGACUACAAGCGGCCCCGCGCGACGGAUGCCGACCUCGAGGACCUCAGGCAGCAUGUGGACAACACCAAGGCCGAAGUCACGCGCUCGCUCGCCGCGGUCCAGGCGGGCCUCGCAUCUGUCGGCAAUUCUUUCACCAGCCACUGCCAAACCCUCGACCUGCAGAAGGAGAGAAGAUUCAAUCAAGUCAAUGAGGAGAUCCGUGAGCAGAACACCAAGAUCACGGUCACAGCUGCCGCGGCUGGCGACAAUGGAAGUUUCGAGCGGAAGGCCGACAUCACGGUCAUCAUCUUGCGCACUCAGGAUGCCGCCCCCAAGCAGAACGCUCUCGUUGGCUUCCAGCCUGUCCUGGAGACUGCCAACAUCCCGACAGAAGACGGGGACAUCGAAGGCUACCCUCUCUCGAAGAAGUUCCAGAUCCGUUUCAAAGGUGCCGCAG